AUGGCAACUACUUCUAAAGGAAGGAAAAAGAGUGACAUGAAAAAAAUCGAUGAACCCUUCUCGGAACAUAAAGAUUUAUUAAAAAAGUCGAGGAACAUAUCACAAGAAGACAAGGCUUUAAAAUUACGUGCCUGUUUAUCAUGUCGUUUGUUAAGAACAGAAAUGGAGUUUUACCAAAACGGUUGUAGUAACUGCAAGUUUUUGCAAAUGGCGGGAGACAGACAUAGAAUUCAUGACUGUACCACAGAAAAUUUCAAUGGGUUUAUGGCUAUUACAACUCCUACCAAAUCAUGGAUGGCUCAAUAUAACGAUUUAAGUAAAUAUGCUCCAGGUUUCUAUGCCUUACAAGUAGUAGGGGAAUUGCCAGAGUCAAUAAGAGAUUUAAAAUCAAAUUAUUAA